CCUGCUCGUUGUCCAGCCGUCGUUUGCUCACGAGCAGAAAGAGGAGCGAUCGCGGAUGAAUGCAUUUCGGUAGAUUAUAAAUUGCGCGAAGAAAGCUGACGAACUGAGAAGUGGCUCAUAAGUUUGAACAGUUCAUACCCAUAUCGAUCACACGGUCAAUUUUUGUAUUGUUAUGAACUGUGGCACUUCCAACUAAAGGUGGAAAUGUCGAAACCCAGAGAGUGAAGAAUGAAGAACUGGAAGACAUAUCAAAAAGCUAAAAUGAAUCUGGAGGUGACCCCAACUAACAAAUCAGGGGUCGAUCAGCUUGACUGCCCGAUGAUUGAUGAUUUUCGCAAUCAAGUCUAUUCCACGGUAUACUCCCUAGUUUUUGUGGUGGGCUUAGCAGGAAAUUCUUUUGCUGUAUAUGUGCUGGUGAAGACUUUUAAACAAAGAACAGCUUUCAACAUCUACAUGCUGAACCUAGCAGUGUCAGAUUUGCUGUGUGUAUGCACCUUGCCUUUGAGAGUGAUAUACUACUCCUUCAAAGGAAGAUGGAUCUUUGGGGACUUAAUGUGCAGAGUCACCUCUUACUCUCUCUAUGUUAACCUGUACUGCAGCAUUUACUUCAUGACUGCCAUGAGUUUCACCCGAUUCCUGGCCAUCGUGUUCCCUGUUAAAAAUAUGAAAAUAGUGAAUAUUAAGAAGGCUAAGAUCGUCUGUGCAGUGAUAUGGAUUUUUGUGACAUUGACGAGUGCUCCAUUCCUGAUGUCCGGCUCUCACCAGGUGGAAAACAAAACAAAGUGCUUUGAACCUCCAGCUUCACGAGAUAAAAAUGGCCUAAAAAGCCUGUUGAUCAUGAACUACGUAUCUGUGGUCUUGGGCUUCAUCCUACCCUUCCUCAUCAUCCUUGUUUGUUACACCUUUAUCGUAAGGACUUUAAUGAAAAGCACAGCAGCUAUUCAUAAGAAAAAAGCAUCGCGUCGAAGAGCAGUGCAUCUAAUCAUAAUUGUGCUUGCUGCCUUCCUGAUCAGCUUCAUGCCGUAUCACGUACAACGUACAGUGCAUUUGCACUUCCUGAACCAAGACGUGAAGAGCUGCGAAGACAUAAUUUAUAUGCAGAAGUCAGUUGUAGUCACGCUCUGUCUGGCUGCUGCCAACACCUGCUUUGACCCACUAUUAUACUUCUUCUCAGGUGAAAACUUCAGACGAAGGCUCACAAUUUCUUUCAGCAGAAAAUCAUCUUUGUCAAGCCACCAAAUGUCUAACAAAAGGAAACGCUCGUUGAUGAUUCAAGAAAAUGAGAAGUCCGAUGGAAAUGCUUACAUUCCUGCAGCGUCAAGCAACAGCAACAACAGCAAAAUCUGAAUCCCAUGUUGUACACCUUUGGAACAACCUUUCAAUUUGUAACAUAACUUUUGUUACUAUCACGUUUCUAUUAUGCAAAACAAAUACAAAGCAAGUUUCACUGUUAGGUCCUUAGAUUCAAUCAGAGGAGCAGUCGAAGAGUAUCUCCUUAUUGGUAUCAUUUACAACAAAGACAUAAAGAUACUUUAAAAAGGCAUUGCUUCCCCAAAAACAUUUUAGACAUCAGACAUAAUUUUGCUUAUUUACAAGUGCUGGCGCCGAAGGUAUCUGAAAUGUAAAUGCUGAAGUAGAUUUACCUUUCCUAGGCUGCUGAUUGAUGUUUUAUGAGCCUUCUACAUUCUGAUUAGUAUUAGUUUAAUGACAACUGCUUCAAAAAGUCUGACGGUGAAGAUUCUGCAACUUCCACAGACUCCAUAGCACCACGGAGCUUGCUUACAUUGGAUUGUGUCUAUUUCUAACUUCUGGUCAAUUGAACAACCUCUGAAAGGGGAUAUGGUCUAAUUUGAAUCGCCUCACGUAUAGAUUUUACCAGAUUGUUGGAGCAGAAUGUUGAGCUGGGGCUAGGGAGCACAAGUUUAAGAUGACCAUGCAUCAAAAAAAGGGACAAAAAGGAUUGUUUCCUUAAGAAGAAUGGGCUAUUAGACGUUCUGAAAAAUCUGUGGAGCUCUUUGAAUGAUAACAAGGCUGAAAGGCAAGCAUAAAAUAUCGUCACUUAUUGAGGAGAGACAGUGGAAUUGAAAAGAGAAGACUGUCACCAUAUUGCACUGUUGAGUUCAGCAUCACAGCCAAGCCAGUAUGCAAUUAUUAUUGAAUCACUUUAUCUACUUGUUCAUCAGCAUGCACUGGAAGUGUUUAUGACUUGGGUUUCAUUGAGCCUUGUCUGUUAAUUUACCUCACGCUCAAAAUGUCUGCUGAUAUCUAUACUUGCCACAUGUCCUUCUGUGUGAGAGUGGGUGAACAAGUGAUGCCCACCAUUGCCAGUGAAGGAGAGGGAAUAAAAACAUCUAUGUGCUUCCAGUGAACAAGAAGGAAGUAAUUGAUCACUUUAAUUCUGGUAGAAACAGCUUUUUUCAUUAACAAAUACCUACUUCUGUUUAAAUUUAAAUAUGUACAUAAAUUUGUUUAAGACAAAUGUUCCUAAGCACAAAAGUUAUAGUUGACCAACAUGGUCUCAUUGCAAAACUAAAGGGUGUUCUGGAAAAAUUCUACCAACCUUUCAUGUACAGUAUUUUAUUGAAAUUAAUGCUUUGCAGAGCAAUGAAGUAAAAUUGGCCAAAACAAAAACCUUUGAGGGAAGAAGAUUUGGGAUGUCAUACAAAAUUAUGUAUGCAGUUCAGGUAUGGAGUUAACGUUUCCUCUGGCAGAGGAACUAAGUGCAGAGCCUCAAAAGGAAUUGCCAUGCUAGACAGAGAUGGGGAAAAAUACUUCCGACUUGCAAAUAGUGAAGUUUUAAAACUUGCAUGUCCAGAGGGUUAUGGAGACUCAGUUUCUGAGGAGAUUCAAGGUAGAGAUUUUUAUAUAUAGUACUACGGUACGAAAUUGGCACUGAGUUAAACUGUUGGCUAUAAUCUCAUUGAAUAACAGAACUGGCACUAGGACCAAAUGAUCUACUAUUCCUUACGUAGAGGCAGAUGGUGAUGACAGCUAGGUUAAAUAUUCAAAGCAGUUUCCAUAGUUCAUUGCUGAAGUUUCCAGAUUACAUCUCUGCAAUCCACCUCAAACUAGUUUAUGAAAUUCUGUGUACUUUACAAAUCAAUUAGGACAUUACUCAGGUUGAUUAUAUAAAGCCGGAAACUUUAAUAUAAUUAUUCCUAUAGAUGUAACACCAUUGAAGACUAAAUGCUAAAUAAAACACCAACAGCUAGUGAUAAGAUCACCUUGACAUUAGAGCAAACUAACUUAGAGUUGAUUCAGACUUUGAAAAUGGUGCCUAAGGACCCAUGAAAUUCUCUCUCAAAUAGUUUUGGACAGCUUUGCUUCAGUGUAAUUCACUCAAUAUCAAUAUGUAUUGAAGUUCUAAGAAUAUUUACAAUGAAAAUGCACUGACUUCUAAAUGUAUAGCAGAUUAACAUGUUGCACUUCGAUAUUGGUAUUCAUAAUUCUACACAUCACAUCAUGAGUAAUUUCAAAAAAAUGACAGCUGCAAAGAAAUAACUGAAGAACAUUAUGCCUUUAUAUUCUGUAUAAUAGGAUUCUAACAUCCUAUUAAAUGUCAUUGCCAAUAAGGUUAAAAUUAACCCAGUUAUUUCUGGAAAACGAUUGUUGGCCAGAACUGCAGAAUUCACAAUGGGUUAAAUGUCAUAAUUAAUGAACUUUGGUUGUUUCUUACAAGAAAUUGACCUGUGUCCCACACAGCGAUACUCCUGCAAGGAGACAGAUAAAUAAAAACAUGGGUAAAAGAAUGUCAGGUCAAUUUGAUUAAGAGAGAAAAACACAGAACUUAUAACCUAGUAUUUUUAAAUCAAUUUUACAUCAAUUGAAAAAUACUAGAAGGUAAGCACAAAAAUGUAAAAUAUAUGUACAUUAGUGAAUUAGUUAUCAAAAUAAUUUUGAAACAAUACCUUGUAAUUUUGUCUUACUGAUUUAUGAUAUCUCACAUCAUUAGAAUUGCACAAUAUAAUGUCAUUAAACAGAAAGCAAGCUUUCUUAUUAAUCAGUUUUUAUAAAGUUUUUCUGAGCAAUGAAAAAAUAA